AUGGACUACUCGGGUCUUAAGGUCAAGGACGUCAUCAAACUGAAGGACCUGACUCCGAUGCUGGCGGACGACAGCUAUUCCAGUUCGUUGAUUUUCGGCAGGGAGAACAAGGUGGUGUUUUUCAUCGAGUCGUCCGGGACUGGAGUCCUCAGUACGAGGCAGUUGUGCACCAUCGAAUCGCUGCAGGAGAACAACCCCGAGGUCAAAAUUGUAGUGCUCUACGUCGACCCUGUCAAGGUGGUCAACCUCGCCGGACAAAGCUCGCUGUUCAAGGUGUUGAGAAACGCAAACGGCCGUGUUGUUCUUGCCACAGUCAAUGCGACGUAUAUCGUGGAAAAGUCGGGGAUUUUCAAAACAACGGCGCAAAAAAUUUUUCAUGUGACUCCGUACAAAACUCACCACGUGAGUGAUAUUCUGCGGCUCAUCCUGAUUUGGAAAUUCGGCGGUUUCUACAUGGACACCGACCUGGUGAUUUUCAAAAAUCUGGACAAAUUACUUUCUGUGGAGAAUUUCCUGUUGAGUCAAGUUGACGACUCGAUCGCGCCGUACUUCUUCGGCUUCCGCAAGAACCACCCGAUGCUGCAGAAAAUGAUGGAGACGGCCCGAGAUGAGUACCUGCCCCAUUACUAUGCAACGGUGCCGAACGCGAUGGGCUCGGCCAUUUCCAGACACUUCAAGGUUACCGUCAAGGAGGCGAUUCACCGCGGAAAAGUCGACGAUGUGCUCGUCGUCAACUCAACCGUGUUUUCACCGAUUUCUCUUGAUGAGUUUGUCGACCUUUUCCGCGACAACAACCAGCAAAUGAUUCAAAAGAUCAUGGGCUCCAGUUUGGGCAUUCACGUGUGGAACUAUAAGAGCGGCGAAACCAGGAUCAUGAUCAACUCCUCUUCUCCCUACUCCGUCCUUGCCAGGGAUCACUGUCCUAGGGCCUAUUUUGGUCACGAAAGCGAUUUCUUUUAAUUUUGGUUCAUGUUUUUAAUUUAUGGCGUUAAAAAUGCAAGAGUGACUGAUUUUAGUUAAGGAAAAUUGUAAAACUAAAAAUGCUUAGUAGGAGGAUAGUUAAUUCUGUGUGUUUCUUGAUUUUUUUUUUUAAGAGUAAAAUUUGUUGAUUUUAUUGAUAUUAAUAUGGAAUCAAUGUUAAUAGGUAACAGGAAAAUUAAAAUUUCAGGUCUCUUUGAUUUGUAAUUAAAAACCAGACUAAAUAAACGUUGAAGUUCGGUGACGCUAAA